UGACUGCCGGAGAAAGUGAAUAGAAGGCAUUCUGAAGUUAUAGCAUGUAAACAAGCUAAUUUAUGGUAGAUGUAGCACAAGGAGAUGCCUUUGUUAAUUCAGAGUAAGGAGCUUGAUCGGCUAAGAUCGACAGCGGAAUUAUUCGAAAAUUAUCCACAUUUACAGGAAAAUGCGAGAGCAUUUCGCUCCAGGCCUCUUGUUAACGUGGACCCAAAGUGCCUCCUGUACGUUCAGCAACGAGAGCUUGCAGCAACAACACCAGCAGACGACAGUGUUUCAGUCCUCGGAUCGGAUGACGCUACCACCUGCCAUGUGGUCAUCCUACGACACACCGGUAGUGGAGCCGCUUGCCUUGCUCACUGUGACGGAUCCAGCACCUGGUCCGAGGUUCUGCUCGUUGUGAAAACUGUUGCGUCGCUGAGUAAAGUUGGUAAGGAGGGCAGGUUUGAGCUCCAUCUCGUCGGAGGAUUUAACGAUGACGCUGAAACGUCUCGUAAACUCAGCCUUAACAUACUGGCAGCGUUCCAGAAACAGAAGGAGGAAAUUCAUCUGGAAACUUGUUGCGUCACGGAGAUGAACAGCAUUGUUGAAAAUGGAAUUCAAAGGCCAAUUAUUUAUGGAAUAGGCAUAAAUGUUAAAACGGGCGAAGUGUUUCCUGCCUCCUUCCCUCAUAAAGGACCUGCAGAGGAGCUGCGAUCAGCAAGGACCUUCACUGGAGGAAAGAUGGUUGACAUAUAUGACUCGAGCCGUGGACUUGUUAAACUUGGCCCGUGCUUGUGGUCCCCUAAUAUGGAUAUUGCCUUCUGGUUGUCACAGGACGAUGACACCAUUUUAAAGUACCUGUCCACCUCUCCGAUGGCUGAGCCGCCACAUUUUGUCCAGCACAUAAAGUCCACCAUCCGGUUCAUUUUGGCGCACCCGUACUCUGACAUCCUGUUUCCAGAUGGUCAGCCGCAGCUCUACCACAGGAACCAGAACGGGGACUGGGAGAGGCUCGUCCAGCCAUAGACUUCACUUUCACUGAUUCCUCUCAUCGUUUCUGCCUCUCAGCUGAAAGGAAACACUGUGACCCUCACAUCCACCGUCAGUAUACGUUCACUGUGAUCCUGUUCUGGUUCUGUCAAAAUCUUAUUUGUGAUUUAAAACGGUUAUUUCCACCCCUAUAAGUUAAUAAGUCUGCACCUUACACCGCCUGCUGCGUUGCUGUACAUUGGUGGUGGUGGUGGUGGGGGGGCGGU